UUGGUGUUCAGUCAUUAUUUAGCAACGAUCCGUUGCCAACGGAACUGAAAACACCUUCAAACAAAAUCGCCACUCGCGAUGUCUAACGAAACGGAUUUGGAUGAGUUGAGUAUAAUAAAACGUGGAUACGAACGAUUUUUGAGUAGUCCGGGUGAUUUGGGCAAUUGUGAGAAUGCAAUAAUAACGGUGCGUCGUCAGCAGCAGAUCACAACGCAUUUUGGACCAUUAACAACGAAGAAUAAAAUCAAAGUGAGCCUAUCGCAGGAGCAAAUUUUGAAUCAAACAAAUCGAUAUCCGCAAAAUAUCAAGCGUUCACAAUCGACCAACAUUCAGAAGACAAUCCUCUCGUCGGGUGGUGUAAUUCGAAAUGCGAUACGGCCGUCGUUGAUUCCAGUGAAAAUAAAGGAGCAACCGAAAGGUUUGCGUGCAAUAACACUCGCACCGCAUCAAGAUCAUACGGACGUAUCCAAAUAUCGAUCGGUUCGAAAGAUGAGUGCACCAUUUGAACGGCGAAAUUAUGUUUCACAACAGGAAUCCACGCUAUCGUCACUUCCAAUUCCGAUGACCCAGUCUCUGGAUCCAAAUUUACUUUCUGGCAAAUCACGGGAUGAUCACCGAGAAUUGGAUAAAUUUAAAUGUGGCAUUUGUUUGAAUAUUUUAAGUGAUUCCAGGGUAUUGGAUUGCUUGCACACAUUCUGCUUGGAAUGUUUGCACACAAUCGAAAAUAUAACUACACCAAGUAAACUAAAUCCCACAUUACGGUCGAAUAGUUUCGAAAAUAAAGACUUGAGCAGCAGCAACUGUUCCGAUGAAUCCAAAGAAAAGUCAGUUGCAUCACUCACCAAUAAGCCAAUUAGGAGAGUUUCCACCACAACAAAACCAAAAUCGCUGACAGUACAACAGAAGCGCCCAUUGAGUUCGAUCACGGAGAAAAGCAAAGUCACAUUGAAGUGUCCCAUUUGUGGAUUGCGAACAGAAAUUCCGAUCGGUGGCGUCAAUCGUGUUCCAAAAAAUUUUCUACUUGAACGACAACUACAGAAUGAAAUUCAUAAACUACAAACACUGUGUUUGAACGAUGAUUACUGCAGUCAAUGCUAUGAUGAAAUCGAGGCCGUGGCAUACUGUUUAAGUUGUGAAAUUAGCCUGUGUGAUGUUUGCCAUGAAGCACAUUUGCGUCAGCGAUCGACAUCGAAGCAUAGUUUAAUUGCGAUACUCGAUUUGAAGAGCAAACAAGUGGAUGCAUUGAGAGAAAAGCAGUAUGGGUUAACUUCGAAUGCAUCGCUAAAAUGUUUUAUUCAUCCAACACAAGAUCUCAAGCUGUUUUGUGUCAAUUGCAAUCAAGUUGCUUGCCACAACUGCACCAUAUUGCUGCAUAAAGGACACAAAUUUGAGUCAAUUGAAAGGGCAAAACAGCGUGCAAUCAAAAAAUUCCAAGAAGCAGUUGAACGAAACCGAAGAUUCCAUGAAUAUAUUAACGGUUGUUGCUCAAAGUUUGCUGAAUCGAUUCUGAAGAUAAACGAUAAAGCGGAUAUUGUUGAGAUGGAAGUUGAAAUAUUUUUAAAAGAUUACAUCGAAGCUCUUCAAGCCCACCGCGAAUCUUUGUUUCGGCAAAUUAUCAAGGCCAAGGAAUUGAAGUCAUUGUCAAUAAUGGAGCAACAGGAAUACUUACAAAAACGGACGCAUGAAUCAAUGCAAGCCAAUUCGUUUGCCGAGAACCUACUUCUAAAUGGAAAUGACAUUGAAAUCCUAACGUUCAUUGGCAUAUUACAAAAUCGUUUCGAUUUCUGUCAAAAGGCUAAAAUUCCGGCUGAACCAAACAUUUCGAAUACAUUUCAAUUCAUACGCGAAGUUCGGGCACCCAUUACACCAGAACAGCAUAAUAUUCCGAUCUAUGGUGUAGUGGCCACGCAAGAGAUAGACACAACAUAAACUAUAGUUAUCAUAGCCAUGGUUGGGAUCAAGUCAUCUAUUUAAGACUAAAUCAAGUGGAUAUUUAUUACUGGUGAAGUAAGCAGAAGUAGUGGCAGCAGCUUCCUAUGUUCCAAACAAAUAACAAAAAAAAUACGUUCAGCUGAAGCUGCAAAUAUUAGUAAAAAAACUCCAGAAAUUUGUUCUAAACGCUUGUGUUAACUAUUUAUUUCAUAAAAAUGUCAAAAUAAAGGAAUUUUAUAUUCAUCAAUCAAUCA